AGGUACCCCUUGAGUUGGAACGGCUGAAAUUCCGACCAAAAGGGGGUGUGUCUCGGUGAAAUGUCGCGAGAUAGCUGCGAGAUUUCCAACUCGGACGGUCGGUUUCCGAGACAAAUGGAAAGCACCAAAAUGGUGUUUGUCACUCUGGUCUGUUAAGCAGCAUAUUUGCUACUGAUGCGUUUUGACUCUUAAACUGUUGUGGUCCGGGUAGACUAACAUACCGUUUUAGGCAGCCAGAGAGGAACUUGGAAUAGGAUGCAAGAGCAGUGCAGAUAAAGGAACACACGCAGAACAGGACAGGACGGCAGAGAGGGGGAGAGAAAGAGAGAGGACAUACAGUCAGGCUCUAGCCAGAACAACAUCUCUGUGACUAACCGCUGAAUCCCUGUAAUGCAGGAGAACUGAUGAUCCAACGCACCAGAGGCACCAUGGCUGCUGGAUUGAGGCCGCUGAUCUUGCUUGUGUUGCUGCUGUCUUGUUGGCAACUGACCACAGCCAAAGAAGGAAAAUCCACAAAGAAGGGAAAGAAAGGCAAGCAAGUCGUCUGUCCAUCCCAGUUGUCCGCAGAAGAUUUGGCCCAGGUUCCGGCUAACUCAACCUCCAACAUCUUGAACCGUCUGAUGGUCAGUUAUGACCCAAGAAUUAGGCCUAACUUUCAAGGUAUUUUAUCAGUACUCUCUCUGUCCAGUGAGAGUAUGUCCUUGGCAUCAGAGCUACCAAAGGUUUCCUACGUAAAGGCCAUUGAUAUCUGGCUCAUUGCCUGUCUACUUUUUGGAUUUUCAUCACUGGUGGAAUAUGCUGUUGUGCAGGUGCUACUAAACAGUCCCAAACUAAUUGAAGAGGAGAAAGCCAAAAUGGCAACCAAGGAAAAAGCUUUGAAAGAAAAAGAAGGAAAGAAGGCAUCAAAUAAAACUAACAACACAGUGAAUGGGACUGGUGGAACACCCAUACAUGUCAACACUCUACAGGUGGUAGAAACUCGCUGUAAGAAAGUUUGCACCUCCAAGUCAGACCUUCGCUCCAAUGACUUCAGCAUCGUGGGAUCUUUACCUCGAGACUUUGAACUUUCCAAUUUUGACUGUUAUGGUAAACCAGUUGAAGUGACAGGGGCCCUCAAGUCCCAGAACAAAGCCAACAAGAAACCCCCACCACCCAAACCUGUCAUACCCGCUGCUGCCAAACGCAUUGACCUCUAUGCAAGAGCCCUCUUUCCCUUCUCCUUCCUCUUCUUCAAUGUCGUCUACUGGUCUGUCUAUCUGUGAGAGGGAGAGGAAGAUACUAGGGUGGAAAUUAAGUGAGCCAUGUUUGCAGAGCUGCAGAGACUGCUGUGGUCCCCUGGAGAAACUACACAACCUUGGAGAUGUUGGCUGAGCCAGUAGGCACUGCAUGUGUGUCUCUGUCUGAUACAGGACAUUGUGCUUAGAGUAAACUAAUCCUCGCUGUGGUUACCCUACGCAAUACCCUAAUGCUUUUUACUAGGAUUGCUGGUAACACUUCAAAAUGGCCAACAUUAACUGAAUAAGACAUAAAAAAGAAAAUACAAGAAUAUAUACAGAAUAAAUGUAUUGUAAAAGAAAAAAUAAUUCAAGAAGUCAUUAAAUAUAACUAUUCAUUUUUAUUGUAUAACAGUCCUCAUUUUGAAAGAUUAUCAGUGCCAUUAUGACUAUAUAUAUAUUUAUAUAUAAGAAUCCUUUACUUACAAGAUAUCUCAUUAUUAGUUGUAUGAGUUAGCUUUGGAAGCUUUUUAGAUUUAUGAGAAUGUGACCAAACUGUUCAGAUGUCAUUUACACCUAGCUGAUCUGAUCAACAGUAGAAUUAUCAGAUGACACUCUGAUCUGAUUCUGUUUGCAUGUGUUUUCCUGAUCAAGAUAAACCAGUUAGAGGUCACAUGUCAGUACCAAAGGCAAAUAGGGUCUGAUACCAAUAGAGUAGUGUACUAAUCUAUGUAAACCUAAGUCCCAGAGUGAUUUAAGAUGGUGUUCCAUUUAGUUCCAUUUCAGAGCCUGAACCACACGAAGAGUAAAUUACUCUCAAGCUUCUAGAUUCAAAAGUGGUUCUAAAUGUUCUCAUUGGAAGGCCAGCUCUCAUAAACAGGGGCUAGAUGCAAUGAAUCAUAUAAAUGUGGAUAACAAUGCAUGCUUUCAAACAGCCUCUCCUUAACGGUAUUCAUGCUGUUGGUUGUUCACAUGAAAAGUGUAAAGACUGAAACGAGAGCUUGAGAGAAGUUAAAAUCCUGCUUACUUUCACACCUCCAUACACUUGGUUAAUUACUAGUGGGCAUGAUCAUUGGUCUUCAAAAAUUUUGGUCACUAUUGAACUGUGCAGAACUGUUGGGUGCUUUCACACCUACCCAGUUUGGUUUGGUUCAAACUCUGGUGUGUUUCAGUUCUUUUAGAUUGCUGUGAAAGGACAUGAUUUUUUUGUGAAGUGAUUUUAGUAUGAAUUCGUAUGUUAAACUAAAGGUCCAGUAUGUAGGAUUUAUUAUCUAGCAGUAAAAUUGCAGAUUUCAACCAACUGAAUACCACUCACCUUACCCUCCCAUUCUAAGCGUAUAGGUUAAACUACAGUGGUGGCGAAAUAUUCCAUUUCUGCCAAUAGAUCCUUCUAAAUAUUACACAUUGGAAAUCCAUGCAGCCCAUCUACUGACCAUAGGAACUGUCAACAAAUCAAUAUGUAUAGAGUUUUAAGAUUAUAUGAUAACCAUGGUACCACAAAUGCACAUCAUUAUGAAUACAUUUAUUUAUAUAUAUAUAUAUAUAUAUAUAUAUAUAUAUAUAUACACACAUAGAUUUAUAUAUAUUUAUAUUUAACAUUAGAUUUAUUUUUAUUUUAUUUUAAAAAAAAUCAAGUUUUUUACGGUAACAGACAUUCGGUCAUGCCGCACUUUAAUAAUUAUUUCAUAUAUCGUCCCAUACCUAAAAUGGGUAGAAAUAUAUGAACUAUGAACAGAGCAGGUCACAAACUCCAUUUUACUAUCCCUGCAUCCCAAGACAUGCAGUACAUCAACAUACAAGAUGAUCAUUUAUAAAUAUAUAAAUUGCUCAGCAGAUUGCUGUCUUGACAGUUCAUGAUCAGAUGAUGGUUUAAUAGUAGUUUAACUCCGGUUUUACACGCUUUUUAAGUUUUUAGUCUGACCAUUUAACUGCAGAUUACCAUAAAUAAAAUAUGAUAACAUGCUUUUCUGGCUCUUGCACCAAUUAAUCUAUGUUCUUGGAUCGCAUGCUGUUCACUAGUUCAUAAAAUUUUACAUACAUGGGUUUUUAUACCAUACCUCCUCAGAAUCAUCUUUAUUGCCAAGUGGGUUUUCACAUACAAGGAAUCUUACCAUAAAGUGUUACAAUGGUCAGUCAGUUCAGUCAAUUAGCCAUUAGACCCUGUCAUAUUUUAAGAGGUUAGUACAGGAACAUCCCCUGAUGUCUGAGUCUAGAUUGUGGUGGUGGUGAAGGGGUGGAGGAUCUGGAUGGAUGAGAUGUGGAGCAGGACUUCUGAUGGGCUCAGUGGAAGGACCACUUGGAGGUUUGAUUUGACACUGAAAUGACAGCAUAAAAGAAAGGAACAGUUUUUAAACUUUGACAGCAAUGAGAUGAUUGGCUCACAGAGGUUGUUGGAAAACCUGACUGGUGAAAGAGUGAACGCCCUCAGUUAGCUGAUUGAGUUGGCGAGAGAGGGAGAUAAACAAUAAAUAGCUUAAACAUUAAGAUAGUCUUCCUGAUUGAAUUUGUGCUCGGCUUCAUUAGAACAUUCCACUAUAUAGAGAUCAUUAGAUCCCUAUAUUCUAGAAUGGUAGCUAACUGCUAGAGCACUUCUGGUGUUAUAUUACACUGAGGUUUUAAGUACCAGUUAAGCUUGGCAUUCAGCUGCUGCACUAUGUAUGAUAUGCCCUUUCUUAAAAUAUAUUGCUAUAUUAUGAAAAAAACAGUCUUCAGACAAGUAAACACAGCACUGCUAAGUAUUUGAAAUAAUUUUUUUUUUAGGAAAGUUCAAUACAAGUUCUUUUACCCAGGACCAGAUGUGUUAUAUGUUUUGAUCAAUUGAUCAAAGAGGAAAGAGGACAAAAAAUAACUGAAGAGAAGAACCUCUUUGUAAUUUUUUUUUUGUUUUUGUGUGAGGCACAUGUAACAUGGAUUUUCAAAGUGCUAUACGCUAUAAAUAAAGACUAUAUUAUUCAUCCUUA